AGCAACACAGUGGUGUCAUCGGAGUUGAUGCACGUGUGACAAAAUUCUAGUCGACUCGUAAUAUAUAGGUUUGAUUAAAUGGCUUUUUCCUGUACCAGCACCACCCGUGAUGAAGACUUCAAAAGGUUCCGGAUUUUGUCCAAGACUUUCUGACAAGCACCAUUGACGUACUUUGUGAAAUAUUGUUGAUUGCUCUUCAUUUAAUGAUCUCAGUAAAUUGUUGUGCUUCUUCAGUUGAAUACACUCCAAUCGAACCAUUUCAGAUUAUGGACAUCUUUGGGCCCAAGCAUCAUUCAACUCACCAAUCUGUUCCAAAACCUCUUGUGCCUCUUCAAGUCUAAGCAGAUAGAGAGAGAAGAGGGUUACUGCCUUUAAAAUGAGUCUUUCUGGGGAGAGAAAGAAGAGGGUUGCUGCCUCAAAACAAAUCUCUCUGGGGAGAGAGAGGGUGGAGGACACUGCCUCUAAAAUGAGUAUUUUUGGGGAACAUGACACCAUAGCUAAGAGGGUAAAACGGCAGAAGAGACCAGCCUCCACUGUCUCCAGCUGUGUGUCCGAGAUGAGUGACCGGUCUAUGGAACCACCUAUGAAGUUCAGAAAGGGAGUUUCAGGGGACCAUAAAAAGAGACCAGCCUCCCCUGUACCCAGCUGUCUGUCCAUGAAGAGUGACCGGUCUAUGAAUAAUCCAAUGGAGUUCAGAGAGGGAGACUUUUCUACUAAACAAAGAAACCUACAGGAGAGAUCAGAGUCAGAGAUUCUCAGUGGUCAAUCUGUCCAGAGUCAUCAAACAGACCUGUCCUCUAUAUUCAGUUUACUUGAAAAGAAUAUCAUGCUAUUUGUGAAGAAAGAGUUAAAGAGGUUCAAGACAAGGCUGAGUUCAGAUCUCCCAGAAGUCUUUGAGAGUCAGCAGGAGGAUGAAGAAGGUGUGGACCCUGAAGAAGAGAAGCAGGAGAGCAGUGCUAAAGAGGGGGUUCUGAAGAUCACCCUGCAUGUCCUACGGAACAUGAACCAGAAAGAGAUUGCUGACCUACUGGAGAAAAGUCAGCUUGCUGUGAUUUGUUGUGAACACAAAUCUAACCUGAAGAAGAAGUUUCAGUGCUUAUUUGAGGGUAUUGCUAACCAAGGGAACAGAACACUUCUGAAUGAGAUCUACACAGAGCUCUACAUCACAGAGGGUGGAAGUGGAGAAGUCAAUUGUGAACAUGAGGUGAGACAGAUUGAGACAACAACUAAGAAACAAUCAAGACCUGAGACGGCAAUCAAAUGUAAUGACAUCUUCAAACCCACACCUGGACAAGACAAACCUAUCAGAACUGUGCUGACAAAGGGUGUUGCUGGAAUUGGAAAAACAGUCUCUGUCCAGAAGUUCAUUCUGGAUUGGGCUGAAGGAAAAGCAAAUCAGGAUGUCCAAUUUGUAUUUUCACUCCCUUUUCGGGAGCUGAAUUUGAUGAAAGGGGAAAAACUCAGUUUGGUUCAACUCAUCAAUCAUUUCUCAAUUGAAACCAAAAAAGCAAGAAUCUCUAACUACAACACAUACAAAGUUGUGUUCAUCUUUGAUGGUCUGGAUGAGUGCCGACUGCACCUUGACUUCAAGAACAACAAGAGCUGUUGUGAUGUGACAGAGUCAACCUCAGUGGAUGUGCUGCUGACAAACCUCAUCAAGGGAAAUCUGCUUCCCUCUGCUCUCCUCUGGAUAACUACCAGACCUGCAGCAGCCAAUCAGAUCCCUUCAGGGUGUGUUGACCAGGUGACCGAGGUGAGAGGGUUCAAUGACCCUCAGAAAGAGGAGUACUUCAGGAAGAGAUUCAAUGAUGAGGACUUGGCCAGAAAAAUAAUCUCACACACAAAAACAUCAAGGAGCCUCCACAUCAUGUGUCACAUACCGGUCUUCUGUUGGAUCACUGCUACAGUCCUUGAGUACAUGUUGACUACAGAUGUUACAGUAGAGCUACCCAAGACCCUAACAGACAUGUACUCACACUUCCUGGUGUUUCAGUCCAAACACAGGAAUGUAAAGUAUGAUGGGAAAAAAGAGACAGAUCCACACUGGAGUAAAGAGAACAUUCUGGCACUGGGAAAACUGGCUUUCCAACAACUACAGAAAGGCAAUCUGAUCUUCUAUGAAGAAGACCUGAAAGAGUGCAGCAUUGAUAUCAAUGAAGCAUCAGUUUACUCAGGAGUCUGUACACAGAUCUUUAAAGAGGAAUGUGGGCUGAACCAGGACAAGGUGUACUGCUUUGUGCAUCUGAGUAUUCAGGAGUUUCUAGCUGCUGUAUAUUUGUUUCACUCAAUCAUCAACAAUAAUGAGAAUAUAAUGGAGGAACGACAAUCAACCGUCAGGAAAGUUUCCAGAAAGUCCAGCUCCAAGUCUGAAGUCACAUUGUACAAGACUGCUGUGGAUAAAGCCUUGCGGAGUAAGACUGGACACCUGGACCUUUUCCUCCGCUUCCUUCUGGGUCUCUCACUGGAGUCAAAUCAGAAGCAUUUACAAGGUCUACUGACAAAGACCAGAAGCAGCUCACAGAGCCAUGAAGAAACAGUGAAGUACAUCAAGGAGAAGAUCACAAAGAAUCCCUCUUCAGAGAGGUGCAUCAAUCUUUUCCACUGUCUGAAUGAACUGAAUGACCAUACUCUAGUGGAGGAGAUCCAAAGAUACCUGAGUUCAGGAAGUCUCUCCAGAGAAGAACUGUCACCUGCCCAGUGGUCAGCUCUGGCCUUUGUGUUACUGACUUCAGAAGAGGAGAUUGAUGUGUUUGACCUGAAGAAAUACUCCACAUCAGAGGAAGGUCUUCUGGGGUUGCUGCCAGUGAUCAAAACUUGCAGAACUGCUCUACUGUCAAGUUGUGGAAUCACAAAGAAAGGCUGUGCUUCUCUGGUCUCAGCUCUGAAGUCAAACCCCUCACAGCUGAAAGAACUGGAUCUGAGUAACAAUGACCUGAAGGAUACUGGAGUAGAGCAGCUCUCUGCUUGGCUGAAGGAUCCGCAAUGUAGACUGGAGACUCUGAGGCUGUCAGGCUGUCUGGUCACAGAGGAAGGCUUCGCUUCUCUGGUCUCAGCUUUGAAUGGUGCGGAUAGUGGUGCGGAUAGUGGUGAGGAUAGUGACGGAUGGUGGCUGAUAGUGGUGCGGAUAGUGGUGAGGAUAGUGGUGCGGAUAGUGGUGCGGAUAGUGAUGCGGAUAGUGGUGCGGAUAGUGGCGGAUAGUGUGGUGCGGAUAGUGGCGGAUAGUGACGGAUGGUGGUGGAUAGUGAUGCAGAUAGUGUACAUUAUGGUGUGUGAUUGUGUGUGUCUGUUUGUGUGUAAGACAAGUUGUGUAUCACUGAAUGUCAGUCUGCUCCUCUACGUCUUCCACAGUAUGGAUCAUGGUGGAGAGUGGAGGUUGAAAUCAGGACUGAAGAAAUGGUGCUGUAAUCUCACACUGGACCUAAACACAGUAAACAGAGACCUCUGUCUGUCUGAGGAGGACAGAAAGGUGACAUAUGGGGAAGAGAAGCAGCCGUAUCCUGAUAACCCAGAGAGAUUUGACUACUGGCCUCAGGUGUUGUGUAGAGAGGGUCUGUCUGGACGCUGUUACUGGGAGGUAGAGUGGAGUCGAGGAGGGACUGGGAUAGGAGUGACAUAUAAAGGAAUCAACAGGAGAGGACAAGGUGAUGACUGCUGUCUUGGAUACAAUGAGAGGUCCUGGAGACUGGAUUGUGAUGGUAACAAUUACUAUGCCUGGCACAAUAACAAGAGAUCUGUCCUACCUGAUACCUCCUCAGGCUCCCACAGAGUAGGAGUGUAUCUGGACUGGCCAGCCGGCACUCUGUCCUUCUACAGGGUCUCCUCUGACACACUGACCCACCUGUACACAUUCAACAGCACAUUCACUGAGGCCCUUUAUCCAGGGUUUUGGGUUUAUUAUUAUGACUCCUCAGUGUCUCUGUGUCAGAUGAUCCCUGUGUCAAACACAACAUGAUGUUUCACUCUAUUCAUGGUCAUGUUCAGUAGGGCACACUGUAGUAAAACAUUGACAAUAAUUCGCUAGUAGCGAGUAAAUACAUGAUUGACACCACUGAAGAUGUAACCUGUAAACUAGAGUCAUGAAUCAAUUGAAUGAAUCAACUUGUUGAAUCACCAAGAAAACCUUUUCAUUUAUUGUUAUUACUCAGCACAAGUGCUAAUGCUGCAAAAUCCUGCAAAAUCCAGUUUGAAUAAACGAGCAACUGUUAUUUUGCUGGAUCAGCGGCUAAAGACCAACCACUUUGAUUUGAUUGACAUAUCGCUUGUGAUCGUAAAAUACGCUUUAAAAUAUGUCAUUAAAUGUUGAAAUAUUUCAUUACGUUUUGAAAUGGCUCACAAUAUUAUGAAAAGGCCAUGAUUUUAUGAAAAUAAAUAUUGGGAAAUGCAAUGUAUUAUCAUAAGAUGUCAUACCAUUAUUUAAAAAAAGGGCAUAUUUCCUAUUAAACCCUCUGGACUCUAAGUCAAAUUUUGCUUCAGUCCGAAGAGGGGAACGAGACCAAAAAAAUACAGCAAAUUGAGAUACCCGUCUUAAUUGACAUAUCUACGUAAACAUUUACAGGUUUGACAGGACAUUGACAGAUCUAUGUAAGCAUGUACAGGUUUGACUGGACAUUGACAGAUCUAUGUAAGCAUUUACAGGUUUGACUGGACAUUGACAGAUCUAUGUAAACAUUAACAGAUUUGACUGGACAUUGACAGAUCUACACUCACCUAAAGGAUUAUUAGGAACACCUGUUCAAUUUCUCAUUAAUGCAAUUAUCAAA